AUGUCUUCUAACACUACAAGUAUGGCAACCAGUGCGCCUGCACCUACUUCUUCUGAAGUCCCUUCGGCGACUUCAGAGUCUUUAAUAUCUACAUCAUCCACCGUCGCUCCUUCGUCGAGUGCAAUUGCUAACACAACUCCAUCGACUACAGUCACAAGUGCUGAUCCUGCAACGACUACCCCUACAGUAUUACCCACUACACAAUCAUCAAUAGAAACAACCCCGGCGCCAACAACUCCAACGCCGACAACUCCAGUGACAGUCGGAACCACUCCUACAACUUCCGCUCUUGUUACUCAACCUACAACUCAACAAACCACAGAAGCCGCCACAACUCCCGCAACAACUGCCGACCCUACACAAUCAUCUUCAGUUUUCGUAUCAGUCGUUACCGUAACUCCAACGGAUGGCGUAUCGUCUGGACAAGUCACAACCGAAUACAUCACAUCUACUCAGGCCGUCACAUCUAAAGCAUCUUCCACAUCAUCAACUUCAUCUUCUGCAACAGCUUCCGGAACAGCCGGCCUUAGCAGUACAGGAUCGAGUAAUUCGAGCAGUAAAGGUAUUUCGAGUGGAGGAACAAUUGCUAUCGCAGUAGUCGUACCUAUCGUCGCAGUUGCUGCUUUGAUUGCUGCUGGAUUAUUCUUCUGGAGAAGACGCAAGCAACGUAAGGAUGCCGAAGAAAUGAGAAGAAAGGAAGUUGAGGAAUAUGGAUACAACCCCAACAAUGAUCCAACUAUUCCAGCUGUAGGAUCAGGUGGAAGCGAUGGACCAUUCGAAAUGCGCGAAGAAGGAGGAUCUGGAUAUCGUGGAUGGGGAACUACAGCCGUAGCAUCAUCAGGAAGAAAAGCCUCGACAACAUUAUCUGGGGGCCAAUCAGCAGGCGGAAUUGGUAUGGCUUAUUCGGAUGGAUCACCGACUCAUGCACUUUCCGAUACUCGAUCUGACAAUCCUUUAGUUGAUCACCAUGAAGAAGAAGGUAUGGGCGUUAUGGGACCAGCUACAGCGGGAAAUCGUGAUAUAAAUCGUGGACCAUCGAAUGCUUCUUCAUCGUACAGUGCAGCCGGCCGAUCAGAUGGAUCAGGUGAAGCUGGAUAUAACGGAGGUGGACAAUACUAUGAUCAAUACGGAGGCGCUGGUGGAAACCCAUACACCGAUGCAACACCAUAUGGAAGUCCACAAAAUCGAGCUGAAGCUGCGGGUCAACCAAUUAUACGUGAUGUAUCAGCGAGAAGAAACACACGAAUCGAGAAUCCAUCACAUUACCCAGGCCAACAAAGUGCAGGUAUUUCACAAAACUUUUAA